AGGAGCGCUUGCGGUAUGUGGGCCGUGCGAGCCGCCGUCCGCCCGGGGUCCUGGCUCUUUCGCGUGGCUCGCGGCUGCGGGGCUCCGAGGGCCGCGCCGCCGCUGUCGCCCUGCCCGGAGCGUGCGCUCGCCGCCUUCCGAGGGGGCCUGGGGUGCCCGGAGGGGCGAGGGGGUGGGGGGCGGGGACCACGUGCAGAUGGCCGGAGAAGUCGGACUGGAGGAAAGGAGGGUGAGGAGGAACCAGAAGCUGCGGAGGCGGAGGAAGAGGAGGAGGAGGAGCUGCUGAGGAGGGACCCUUUGCUGCCGGCGGGGACCCAGCGCGUGUGCUUGGUUCACCCUGACGUCAAGUGGGGGCCCGGGAAGCCGCCGGGGACCCGAGCUGAGUGGCAGGUGGUGGAGGCACAGGCGCUGGUGCACACGCUGGAUGGCUGGUCGGUGGUGGACACGGUGGUGGUGCCCACCAAAAUGCCAGACAGGAAGCUCGUCUUCGGCAGAGGGACCUUGGAGCGCCUGACAGAGAAAAUCAGAGGGUCCCCGGAAAUCACCGCCGUCUUCCUGAAUGUGGAGAGGAUGGCUGCACCCACCAAGAAAGAACUGGAAGCCGCCUGGGGUGUGCAGGUGUUUGACCGAUUCACGGUGGUUCUUCAUAUUUUCCGCUGCAACGCCCGCACCAAGGAGGCCCGGCUGCAGGUGGCGCUGGCCGAGCUCCCCCUGCUCAGGUCCCACCUGAAAAACAACGUUGCCCACCUGGGCGGACGAGGACGGGACUCUCGCCACAUCAUGGGGUCAGGAGAGUCUUUCAUGCAGGUGCAAGAGCGCCUCCUGAAAGAUAAGGAAGCGAAGAUUCGGAAGGCCCUGGACAGACUCCGCCGGAAGAGGCUUCUCCUGGGGCAGCAGCGGAGGCGGCGGGAGUUCCCUGUGGUCUCCGUGGUUGGAUACACGAACUGCGGAAAGACCACGUUGAUCAAGGCCCUGACAGGGGACGCCGCCAUCCAGCCCCGGGACCAGCUGUUUGCCACGCUGGACGUCACAGCCCACGCGGGGUGGCUGCCCUCCCGGCUGACUGUCAUCUACAUGGACACCAUUGGCUUCCUCUCCCAGCUGCCCCACAGCCUGGUCGAGUCCUUCUCGGCCACCCUGGAGGACGUGGGCCAUUCGGUGAGUGUGGAGGGCCAGGUCGCCUCAAAUACCCACCAACAGGAGGCAGGUCCCCUCAUCCCAACAUCAUGGGCCUGGGUCCCCUCAUCACAACAUCACGAGCCUGGGUACACUCAUCACAGCAUCACGGGACAGGGUCCCCUCAUCACAGCGUCACAGGGCAGGGUCCCCUUAUCGCAGCAUCACGGGGCAGGGUCCCCUCAUCACAGCAUCACGGGCCUGGGUCCCCUCAUCACAGCAUCACGGGGCAGGGUCCCCUCAUCACAGCAUCACGGGCCUGGGUCCCCUCAUCACAGCAUCACGGGGCAGGGCCCCCUCAUCACAGCAUCACGGGCCUGGGUCCCCUCAUCACAGCAUCACGAGGCAGGGUCCCCUCAUCAGAGCAUCCCAGGGCAGGGUCCCCUCAUCACAGCUUCACAGGCCUUGGUCCCCUCAUCAUGGGCCUGGGUCCCCUCAUCCCAACAUCACGGGGCAGGGUCCCCUCAUCACAGCAUCACGGGACAGGGUCCCCUCAUCACAGCAUCACGGGGCAGGGUCCCCUCAUCACAGCAUCACGGGGCAGGGUCCCCUCAUCACAGCAUCACGGGGCAGGGUCCCCUCAUCACAGCAUCACGGGCCUGGGUCCCCUCAUCACAGCAUCACGGGGCAGGGCCCCCUCAUCACAGCAUCACGGGCCUGGGUCCCCUCAUCACAGCAUCACGGGGCAGGGUCCCCUCAUCAGAGCAUCCCAGGGCAGGGUCCCCUCAUCACAGCUUCACAGGCCUUGGUCCCCUCAUCAUGGGCCUGGGUCCCCUCAUCCCAACAUCACGGGGCAGGGUCCCCUCAUCACAGCAUCACGGGACAGGGUCCCCUCAUCACAGCAUCACGGGGCAGGGUCCCCUCAUCACAGCAUCACGGGGCAGGGUCCCCUCAUCACAGCAUCACGGGGCAGGGUCCCCUCAUCACAGCAUCACGGGACAGGGUCCCCUCAUCACAGUAUCACGGGACAGGGUCCCCUCAUCACAGCAUCACGGGGCAGGGUCCCCACAUCACAGCAUCCCGGGGCAGGGUCCCCUCAUCGCAGCAUCACGGGCCUGGGUCCCCUCAUCACAGCAUCACGGGGCAGGGUCCCCUCAUCACAGCAUCCCGGGGCAGGGUCCCCUCAUCGCAGCAUCACGGGGCAGGGUCCCCUCAUCACAGCAUCCCGGGGCAGGGUCACAUUACACAAAACUUCACGAUGACUGGAUCCCCCCCAUCCCUGGCCCUCAGCGAGCUGUGCUCUGUACGAGUGUAAGUGCUGUGAAGGCAAUGCUAAUGAAGAAGGGGUUCUCUGCACCUUUUGGCUGCACUGGGGCCCCGAGCCAGUGAACCCUGGCAUUUACUCAGGGUACAGGGGCUGCGGGGCCCUCCGGGUGACAGAUGCCCCAGCACCUUCGAGGUCACAGCAGCUGAGCCUGAGGGCCACGUGCAGCUGCCAGCACCGUCCUCAAAAGUGUCUGAAAAUCUAGAACUGAACUGAAACGCUGAUUAAAAGAAAAUUUAAGUUCAUCCAAAAAAAGAGACAACCCAGAAGCGAACCCCAAAUUGUGAAGGGCACGUCCUUCCUGUGGCAGAAUUACUACCCUCAGCUGCUCCUUCUCCUUUUCUGUCUCUUCUGAAUUUUGCAUAAGGUACCUGCCUGUAAAACGUGUGGAAUAGGGGUGGAAGCCUUU